AUGAGCACUCCAGAAGAAUCUGCUCCUCCCACUUCAACCACUCAAGAUCAACCCAUCGACAAACUCGCUUCCAUUCGUGAACGUCAUGCAAAGGAAACGAAGCAAUUGGAGACCAAGAUCGCGUCUUUGCGCAAGUCAGUUGAAAAGGCGUCCAAGGCAAAGAAAAGAGAAAUGAACUCUCGGAUCAGUGACAUGCAAUCGAAGCUGCAGUUCAAGCAUGACGAGGAAAUACGUAAACUGGAGGAUCAAGAUCAAGAAGGUCAAGAUGGUAUCUCACUUGAACGCAUUGACGCCUUAUCAUUGAACGACAACAAUGACACAUCCACCGCCCCAGAGUCUUCCUCUACUCCACAACCACCAGCAGCUGCUCAAAAGAAAAAGAAGCCCAACAAGGCAAAAUUGAGAUUGCAACGUCGAGAAGCUGAGAUGCAACGUAUGCGGGAUGAAGCUGAAAAGGAAGCCAGUGGACAAGUGGAUAUGGGUGCCGUUGAAAAGGAAGCUAUUCGAGAAUUGCUUGGCCCAAUGAAACUGCGUGUGCGUGAAAUCACUGCUGAUGGUCACUGCCUUUACAACGCCAUCUCAAAUCAGUUGAAUGAAAGAUACAACCAACAGGUAUCGCACCAGGAGCUUCGGCAGGCCGCAGCUAGCUACAUGAGAGAACACCCUGAUGAUUUCAUUCCCUUCCUUUAUAAGGAUGAUGGUGACAUGUUCACCGCAGAUGACUUUGAAAAGUAUUGCAAUGAUAUCGAGAACACUCCUCGGUGGGGCGGUCAAUUGGAGAUUUUGGCAUUGUCAAGGGUGAAGGAGGUUCCUGUACAUAUCGUUCAAAUGGGUGCUCCAGUACUUAAGGUCAAUGAGGAGGAUUUCCCUGGCAAGGAGCCUCUCAAGCUUGCCUAUCACAAGCAUUUAUAUUCACUAGGUGCCCAUUACAAUUCCCUCUUGGAUUUAUGA